AUGGAGGAGGGAGCAGAGAUGAGGGAACAGGAAAAUGGAGGAGGGGGAUGCAGCAGGGAUCAUGGAGGAGAGACAAAGAAUUCCUGUCAGCUCACACUGGACCUCAACACAGCACAUAGAAACCUCUGUCUGUCUGAAGGGAACAGAAAGGUGACACGGAGGGGAGAGACCCAGCGAUGUUGUGAUAACCCGAAGAGAUUUGACAGCCGAUCCCAAGUGCUUUGCAGAGAGGGUUUGUCUGGGAUUCGCUGUUACUGGGAGAUUGAGUGCAGUGGGAGAGGGGCUGAUAUAGGAGUCACAUAUAAAGGAAUCAGCAGGAAAGGAGUUGAUCAUUCCAGUCUCCUUGGAUGCAAUGACAAGUCCUGGAGUUUGUCCUGCUCUGAUUCCAGUUACACUGCUUGGCACAAUAACAAUCAAAUUGCAAUAACUGCCCCCCGCUCCCCCAGAAUAGGAGUGUAUCUGGACUUUAAUGCCGGGACUCUGUCAUUUUAUGGCGUUUCUGACACAAUGACCCUCCUGCACAGAUUCCAAACCACAUUCACUGAGCCGCUCUAUCCUGGGUUUUUCGUUUAUUCUAAAUCCACUGUAACAAUCUGCCAAUUGAACUAGACUGGUUUGUGUUGUAAGAAACCCUUUGUAUUGAACUCCCUGUCUGUCCUCUCCACUCCUCGGUUGAAGGGAAUGUUCAAUCUGACACAACUGCGGAGCGAAACUAGGUGAAUUAUUUGUUUUUAGCAACAAAUGGGUUUCAUAUGAAAUAUGUUGAUUGUGCAUAUAUGUGAGGCAAAGUAAUACUUUUGAUUAGAAAGAAGUACAUAUCAGCCUAAUAACAAGGAAAAAUACAUUCCCUUGUCAGCCCGCAGUUUAGCGAAUCCAGCUUAUUAAUAUUCCA